CUAUCCAAUGGGGGAAGAGCAGAGACCGGCGAGUCCUCGAGCACGCUGGAGGAGACAGGCGUGAAUCUGAUGCAAUAACGGCACUUGAUGGAGGAGCGGGGUUAAACUAUAUUCAGCUUCAUUCAGCGAUAUCCGCCUGUAACCUGAUUCCCCCAAAUCUCUGAAAGUUUCCUAGACUAAAGGUGAAUUUUACACAGUCCAACAUUUUCGCCUUUAACCCAGAAGAAAAUUCACCUGUGUGGAAACAGCAAUAAACGAGUGGGAAAUGCCGGUUGUCAGAACUGUGUCUAAGGUGGUCCAGCAGGUUCUCCUGGCUCCAGCGCGCAGCUGUGGACCCCUCUCCCUGUCUGUACGGAGCAUCAGUUUCUCACCACGUCAAGUAACGUCUGAUGCCAGCUUUCACUCUGUGUCCUUCUCAGAGACUGACCACCCCAGAGUUCUCAUCACAGGGGGUCUGGGGCAGCUGGGUGUGGGGCUUGCCAAACUGCUUAGGAAGCGAUUUGGAAAAAACAAUGUAAUCCUGUCUGACAUCAGAAAGCCCCCAGAUCAUGUUUUCCGCAGCGGUCCAUUUAUCUAUUCUGACAUACUGGACUACAAGAAUUUACGAGAAAUUGUUGUAAACAAUCGUAUCACCUGGCUGGUGCACUACAGUGCCCUUUUGAGUGCUGUUGGGGAGGCAAAUGUGACCCUUGCCCGCAAUGUCAACAUCACAGGAUUGCACAAUAUCCUUGACAUUUCUGCAGAGCAUGGGCUUCGGCUCUUUGUUCCUAGCACAAUAGGAGCAUUUGGACCAACAUCCCCUCGUAACCCCACUCCAGACCUGUGCAUCCAGAGGCCAAGGACCAUUUAUGGGGUUUCCAAGGUCCAUGCUGAGCUAAUGGGAGAAUAUUACCACCACAGAAAUGGCCUCGACUUCCGCUGUCUCAGAUAUCCAGGCAUCAUCUCUGCAGACUCUCAGCCUGGCGGAGGAACAACAGACUAUGCUGUCCAGAUAUUUCACGAUGCUGUAAAAACAGGCAAGUUUGUGUGCAACCUGAAGCCUGACACACGCCUUCCCAUGAUGUUCAUUGACGACUGCCUGAGAGCCACCCUAGAAGUGAUGGAGGCUCCCGCUGAGGCCCUCAGCAUGCGCACCUACAAUAUCAAUGCCAUGAGCUUUACUCCUGAGGAGCUGGCCCGGGAGGUGCAGAAACAGCUGCCUGAUCUGCAGGUCACUUAUGAAAUUGAUCCAGUAAGACAGGCAAUCGCUGACAGUUGGCCCAUGAGCUUUGAAGACAGCAAUGCCAGAAAGGACUGGGGCUGGAAACACGAAUAUGACUUACCAGAGCUUAUCCAGACAAUGCUCAACUUCAUUGGCUCUGAUUCAAGAAUUGCACAUGCUAACUAAACACCAUAACUUUAUAACUGUGCAUAGUUAUUACAAUUCUAUGCAUACUUAGGUAUGCUAGACAUUAAGGAAUGUAGCUUUUUUGGUAGUUUACGAGCUGGGUCCAACCAAAGAAAGAGUAUAGAGCUGCAAAAUUCCAGGAGAACAAAGGCAGUGAUCAAAUCUUUAUUUUUCUAGUUACCACACAAGCACUUGAUCACUGUACCUAAGCUUGGUUCAGGUGAAGUCAACUCUUUGGAAUGUAGAUUUCCAGGAAGGUGUCUUAAAUGUUAAUUUUUUUUCUAGAAAUGAUAAGAUGAUAAAGAUGAGUCAUCUAUUUAUACAAAACAAGUUUUCUAUUGUAUUUUCUAUUUAACAUAUUUAUUGGUAGGCCAAUUCUGUGAAUUUGUUUUAUUAGUCAGUAUUUAUUGAAAACACUUGAAUUUAGCAUCUUGAACUCCAAUUGUCAAAUGAUAUUCAACACAUGUCUAUGUGUUUAGUGAAAAACUGAGAAAUUAUGUUUUAUUAUUUAUCAAUUAUUUAAAAUAAAAUUAAAUGGCCACCUUUUGUAGAGAUACUCAUUCCUAGUGUGAAUGAUGGGGUUAGCAGUACAUUAUAGCAGCUGCUACAAUAGACCUACAACUACAGCACUCUAUACAUUUAUUUUAAGUUAAUCUCUCAAAAUAUCCUUUAAUACUUGAUAUUUUACUUUACUUGACAAUGGCAUACACGUCAUCUGUUUACAGUCAUUUUUUUAUCUAUAUUGAAAUAUUUUAUCUUCAUAAUAUACUGUAAAGACAGUGUAGUUUUAAUGCACUAUUGUUAAAUUGACAUCAUUUUUAUGAGCAGUUAUUGCUAUUCUCACUACUGUAAUCACACUAGUGUAACUUUUUACUGCUACAUAUUUCUGAUAUUUAUAUACUUGUAGAAAAGAAAUCAACUGUUGUUUAUUUUAACCCAGAUUAUAUUCUAGAUUUAUGGUGCUGUAGUGAAAAGGCUAUAUUUGAGUCUUUCAGCUUUAUUAAGAGCACUUUCCAACAGUUUUGUACAGUUUAUCCCAGUUUGCUAAACAGACAAAUGUGUUUAUAUUUUAGUCAUUAAAGAUUGUUUGCCA